UACAAGUCUGAGGCAAAUACAAAAAUCAAAGAAAGAUUUAAAUAAUAUGAAGACAACGUAUUUCUUAUUUGUUCUUGGUCUGCUGUGUGCAGUGGCUUAUUCACUUCCAAUCGAAGAAGAUGAACCUUUGGAAGAUGAAUUAUUAGAAGGUAAUAGAUUUGAAGAAACAAUUUCCAACAUCAACUGAUGGUUUCUUACAUUGCUGAAGUCAACUGAAAAAGUUGACUCGAAAUUUUGAACAAUUGAGAAAAAUAUUUCUUUCGAAAUGAUUAACGAUUAUCUAUUCCAUGAAUGCUAUGGUGUGUCUUCUCAGUUGACCAAAGCCAGUUAGGCACGUUUCGUAUUUGACACACUCACAGGAGCAAAUGGUAUUUUUAAAAUUAAACUGAAAAAUCUAGUUUGCUCAGAUGUCUUAAGACACAGGAAUUAGGUCAAGAAUAGACCAAAAAAUUAUUAACUACUUUUGACUAACAUUCAAUUUACAUCUAUUCAAAAGAACGAAUUAUAACUUUCCAAUUAUAGCCAAUAGUUUGCUGCAACAACAAUCUGGCAAGAUUAAACACAAAACAAGUAUAAAACAUUAUACCAAACAUUGAUAUUAUAAUUCUGGCCGAAGACAGGGAAAACAUUCAGUGAAAUGUAGAAAUAAUAUCUUGGUAAUUUUGAGAUAAUAGUAAUAAUAAUUUUGAGAUGACAAGGAAUGUAGUGUAAUUAAAUUGAUUUUGUGUUGAUUUAGGAAAUGAUGAAAAUGAUUUGACAGAAGAGGAGGAGGAUGAAGAUGAUGAGGAGGAGGAAGAUGAUGAAGAAAACGACGAUGAGUAAGUUGUGUAGUAAAUCAUUGAUUGCACCAUCAUAAAACAAUGGAUCAUAAAAAAACUGCAUGGAUAGGAAACUUAUGAUCACACUUGGUGUUUUCAACUUGCUGUUGGCGACUCGAUCUUAAUGUUGAAAAUUAUGACACAACUAAAUCCAAAAUAUUUCCACGUUUAGCAGUAAUACAGCUGUGCAUUUUCGUCAAAAAUGCAUCCAACUAUAAAAAAUAAUAGAAUAUCUAAAAAUUGUUGGUCAUUUUCGUGGAAUAUUUCAAGCAUUAUGGACGCUGAAAUAUGCGUCACCAAUUUCAUUUAGCAUCAAUUGCAGUUUUUGUGACUCCAAUUUCAUGAUUACGAAAGUAAAUCAAAGACAAAGAACAUUUACCUUGAAUACUUUGCCUUGGCACAGACAUGUUUGAAAGACAAGGGAACAAUUUUGAAUCUCAGUAUAGCUAUUUAGGCAAACAACGAAAACUAAAGGAAAAUGGAAGAAAAACAUUGGCGAAUUUCAAAUACUGUCAGCUGUUUCCUGUCCUUUUUUAACUAGCCAUGCAUGCUAAAAUUAUUUGUUUCAUGUAUGUUUGAGGAGGGCGCAUACCAAACAGAAAAAGUGCAGUGGUUAAUAUUAUAGAGGAAACUUAUACGCAUGAUAUAGCUACAAGUUAUACUUCAUGAAUGCUGACCAUUUUCAAAUAUGUAAGACUCACUUGGUUGCAUGGGUUAAAUUUCAAAGCAAACAACCAAUUAUUGCAUUUUGCCGUCAAGUCUCGCAAGCACCUUUCACCUCAGAUCGUGGGUUCGAUUGUCGCUGGAGCAUCAUGACACUUUUGGGAAAAGAGUCAGUCAAACCCAUGACGUUUACCGAAAGUGCGGGUUUAUACUUUAUCAUGGCACUCCACACUUGGUUCACCCCCUAACUGAACCUUUCAUCGCCGUGAUUAGGUUUGUUAUUUCUAUAGCGCAAAUUUACAUGUGGGUGCCAGAGACGGUCCUAUAGAAAAGCUUUGAUUCGAUCAGGUUUAUCUGCGGUGUCCCUCGCAAUUUGGCUUAGCUUUCAGCUGCAAGUAUACAAGGAUGAUCAGAACCCUUUGCUCGCUUUCUAGCCUGCGUAGCGGCUCUCAGAGAAAGUAGAGCCUGCACGAAAACCCAUGCUUUGCCGUAUUCACUCGUUCUCUCAGAGGACGAGAAAUCUGAUUGGUUCAAAAUGAAAAAAUAUGCUAAUUUAUGCAAAAUUCAUACAAACAUGGCGGAUUAGCGGAUGUAUUAUUGAAAGGCGUUUCUUUGAGUUUUGCAUUCAAAAGAGCUUAAUAUUAAAGGCCACGAAGCUCUAGAGAUAUUGACUGUGGUGUCUUCGUUGGAUUGCUGUCUGUUAGCAGCGCCUCUUUCACAACUCACGAGCGUGUUCGUUUUCAUAAAUUCAUCGACGACAAAUAGAUUUUUUCUUCAUGACUUUGUACCUAAUAAUUUUGUGCCAGGAGAGAAUUGCUAUAAAUGCUUAUGUCUUAUGAACGGGGCUUGCUCUCUGUGAAGUGAUGGCUUUAAUUUUACCGGCCCUUUAAACACCUUUAAUAUUCUCUUCUCAGCAUCGCUAGAAACUUUAACAUUUAAUACAUUACGGUUGACCGCUGUCGAAACUAUAAAUUCUAUUUGUACAUGUGCGAGAGAGCUACGAAAUAUCGUAGAUAUGGACUGCAAACUACUUCUGACAACGGUGGAGAUUGCCCUAGGCCUAGCGCUAUUCCCACAGACUUCAAUUUUCUUUAGCCGCCAUCCGUAUAUAAAGGCCUGAUUCCACCGGCGCUUUUUCUCGGCAAAAUGCGAAAUAUUUCGCCUGUUUCUUUUGAAUUGCGAUCACUCGAAUAAAUUAUUUCUACUUGAUUGCUUACAAUUCAAAAGAAACAGGCGAAAUAUUUCGCAUUUCGCUGACAAAAAGCGCUCGUGGAAUCAGGGCUUUACAGUAUUUCGUUUUGAAAUUUGCGAACAUACAGCAAUCUAUAUUUAUAUUUUAUUUUGAUAAGUAAAUUUGCAAACGUAAACAAUCUGUGUGAUUGGCCGAUUUUGACAUAUGUUUAAAGUGGGCGUAGCCCGCAGGCUAAGUUGGCGGAAAUGGGAAAGCAUGGGUUUUCGUGCAGGCUUUACUUCUCUGAGAGCCGCUACGCAGGCUACACGCUUUUCUUGCCUAAGUUACUUACAUUCAUAUUCAAAAAGCUAAUUACCUCGUAGGUAAUCAAUAUCCGACGGACAUGAAAUAUAAUUAGAAAUAUAUUGUCCUAACUUACAUAGUUAUUAAAUAAAUUGCCUUCAGGAAAUCGUAAUAUAUAUAGUAAAGGUCAUAUUUGGGAUUUUGACAGUGUAAGUUCAUCGCAUAUUUCAUAUAUUUCCAGCUAUGGCAAGAGACGCAAAGGAUAUGGCAGGGGCCGCAAAGGAUAUGGCCGGGGACACAAUGGAUAUGGCAGGGGACACAAUGGAUAUGGCAGGGGACACAAAGGAUAUGGCAAGGGACUCAAAGGAUAUGGCCAUGGCUAUGGUCGUGGGAGACAUGGAGGAUAUAAUGGAGGAUAUCAUGGCUACCGUCAUGGAGGAUAUGGCUACCGUCGUGGAGGAUAUGGCUAUGGUAGCAAAUACGGUAAAGGCGGGCGUGGUGGUUAUGGUUAUGGGCGGUAGACACGAGGGUGGUUUAUAUGGAUAAACAUGCAUUUGUAACGGUAAGCAAAACCACUUAAAUAUUACCUAAUACAUGAUAACUGAAUGGAUAAGAAGGGAUUUAGUUUCGAGGACAGAAAUGAAUUUUCAAGUACAUGACAUCCAGGUUAUUCAUUUGAACUGAUUAUAUUUAGCUAUUAAUUGUCUUAACGUUCAGUGUUUAUGGAUUUUUAUUAUAAUAAUUUUUAUUUCUAUUUUGCUUAGGACGAACUGGCCAUAUUACGGAAAAUAUUAUCAACAUCACUGCAUUCAACUUAGAUCAAUGUAAUUAUGUAUCGUAGCUAAACAUGUAUACUGUAGAAUAAUAAAAUUAAUGCAUUGCAAC